CAAAUUCUCAUAUUAGUCUGCUCUGCGCCACAGGCUUGCUGCAACUUGGACAUUCUCAGAGCCAAGCUUCAGAAGGAUCAAGGACGAUCGCAAGCUGGUGAGGGCAUGCUUGACCGUCUGCAAUGAGUGAACAAAAUCAGGGUCUCUGUGCGGUAAGAUUCUGCGAGUGAAAAGCCAACGGCGAGCAUUUGAAGGGCAGGAUGGCAGGGCCCCAGGUGGCCAGCCUUGCUGAGGGUUCUGGAUGGACAGGGCCCCAAAUAGCAUGUAUGGUCAACACAGAGAUCAACCAGGUGAUGGCGGUCAUGAGGCAGAAUGCACGCUGGGCUGUUGCCCCCAGAUACCUGGAGGAGGAGCUGGGCGAAGAUCCUCUUUUGCGAGACUUCAAGAUCCUGCGAAGGAAACUCUUCACCUGGCAAGAUUGGCCAAAAGUAAAGCCCACGGACUACUUGACCCCUUUCCUGGAGGUUAUUCGUUCCGAGGAGACUAGUGCCCCAAUCACUGGAGUAGCACUCUCUGCUGUGCACAAGGUCCUAAGCUAUGAGAUCUUUGAUGCGAAGACGGCAGGCGCGGCAGAGGUGAUGCACUUCAUCGUGGAUGCUGUGACGGGCUGCAAGUUUGAAGUUACCGACCCAGCAUCAGAAGAAGUCGUCCUUCUGAAGAUCUUGCAGGUCCUGUUGGCGUGUCUCAAGUGCGGGGCCGGCCCGUUACUGAGCAACGCUGACGUGAUCAACAUCAUCAACACGUGCCUGCGCGUAGCCUUUACAAAAGGCGAACUGCUGCAGCGCACGAGCUGCCAGAUGAUGCAGGACAUGGUGCGCGCCAUCUUCGCGAGGCUCCAUGAGUUCGAGCCAGCCGAGGACGGCUCAACCCAGCCUGGUCCAGCGGUCGCAAGUGAGCAGCCAGACGGGAGGGUCUUAGAAUCAGUCCCAAGCGGUGCCAUAGCAGAAGGCAUCCUCAGUACCGCUUCUACUCCGCGGUCGGGGCACAGCGCGGCCUCGACACCAAAGUCUCGAGGCGCGAUUCGGAGCAUUGCUGACAUCCGGUUCGGGCCACACCCGACUGCCACAGAGGGGACCCCGGACGAUGGUCCCAGUCUAACUCCGAGGGCAUUGAAAGCUUUUGAGGAAGGAAAGUCGCUGGUCGAGGUUGUUGAGGAGGAAACAAGCGCAGUGAAGGAGGAUUCGACGCUGGGUGCGGACAGCUUAGGACCGUCGGACAGUGCGCCAGUAUCUGAAGCGCUUGCGGCGGCAGGGGCAGGGAUUGCAGCCGGGUUCGACGCGGCAGUCACGGCCGUAGGGGAGGCCGUUUCCACUGCACCCGUGGUAGCGGGAGUCCCAGAAGCUGGCGCUGCCCCGAUUGUUCCGACCCUGUCCGAAUCUGUCCCGGACGACACGAGCGGGAGCGACGCUGUUUCGGGAGCACCCCCACUGCCCCCACCCGUCCGGGUCCGGGCUGAGCCUUCGGACGCGUCAGCGGGAACGUCCGGAACAGUGGUCGCAAGCCAGCCAAGUGCGGCUGCAGAGAGUCUGACGGCUCCGUUGGAGAACGGCGAUAGUGCGCAGAAGCAGCCCGCUCCGGCGGCAUCAGUGCAGGCGAGCCCGUACGGUCUGCCGUGCCUGGUUGAGGUGUUCCGGUUCCUUUGCACGCUCAUUGUGCCGGAGGACGGGGCGGACAAGGCCCAACAGCACGACUCUGAGGACUUGAGCAUAUUUGGCCUCGCACUGCUGAGCGCCGCCAUCGAGGUCGCGGGGGGCUCCUUCGAGAAGCACCCGCGCAUCCUGGCCCUGGUUACGGACGACCUGUUCCGGAACCUGAUGCAGACGGGGCAGUCGAGCAACCUGCUCGUGCUGUCGCUAGUGUCGGGCAUCGUAUUGGCGCUCUACCAGCACCUCAAGCAUCACCUUAAGCUGCAAAUGGCAGCCUUCUUCGAGUUCGUCGUACUUCGAGCUGCGCAGGGCAAAUUUUACGGCGCCACAUACGAGCAGCAGGAGGCUGCGCUUGAGAUCUUGCAGGACUUCUGCCGGCAGCCGUCCUUCAUGGCGGACAUGUACGCCAAUGCCGACUGUGACAUCACCUGCAGCAACACCUUCGAGGACCUGAGCAACCUCCUGUCUAAGAACGCCUUCCCUGUCAACGCUCCCCUCUCCGCCCUCCACCUGCUGUCCUUGGAAGGGCUGCUGGCAGUUAUCCAGUGCAUGGCAGACAGGGCCGAUAACGCAUCAACGCCUGCAGGCAGCGGCUCUUCUAGCCCCGACUACAAUCUGGAGGAGUUCCCACAGUUCUGGAACCUCAAGUGUGACAACUGGAACGACCCUACAGUCUGGGUCGACUUUUUGCGGAGAAGAAAGUAUGUCAAGCGGCGGCUUAUGAUUGGGGCAGACCACUUCAAUCGGGACCCCAAAAAGGGACUCGAGUUCCUUCAAGGCGUCCGCCUCCUGCCCGAGAAGCUAGACCCGGAGAGUGUCGCCUUCUUCUUCCGGAUGACACCGGGGCUCAACAAGAACCUGCUGGGCGAAUACUUUGGCGAGCCAGACGCAUUCAACAUCAGCGUCCUGGAGUGCUUCACGAAGCAGUUCAACUUCACUGGGAUGGCCCUCGACGGCGCCCUGCGCACGUACCUGGAGGCGUUCCGGCUGCCUGGGGAGGCGCAGAAGAUCAGCAGGGUGCUCGAGGCAUUUGCGUCUCACUACUACGAGCAGUGCCCGCAGAACUUCGCCCACAAAGAUGCGGCCUACGUGCUCUCGUACUCUGUCAUUAUGCUCAACACGGAUCAGCACAACGGUCAGGUGAAGCGAAAGAUGACCGAGGAGGAGUUCAUCCGCAAUAAUCGGAAGAUCAACGAUGGGAAGGACCUGCCCCGGGACAUGCUGACGCAUCUGUACUACUCCAUUGCGAAGAACGAGAUUCGGAUGUCAAGCGAGAGCCUGGCUGCGGAGCCUGGCAUGACGUACAGCCGGUGGCUGGACUUGCUGCGGCGCUCCCAGGCCACGACGCCGUUCCUCUCGUGCGACCCCACCAAGCCGCUGCUCGACCGAGACAUGUUCUCCGUCAUCUGGGGACCAUCCAUCGCCGCCAUCUCCGUUGUGUUCGACCACGCGGACGACGCAGACACGCUGCAGCAGUGCAUGGCCGGGUUCCUGGCGGUGGCCAAGAUUUCAGCGGCGCAUCACAUGGAGGACGUUUUUGACAACCUGGUGGUCAGCCUCUGCAAGUUCACGACGCUCAUUGGGAACGACAAAGCUGCGGUCGCGUUUGGAGAGAACACUAAGGCCCGCAUGGCAACCAGUGCUGUCUUCGAGAUCGCCAACCGGCACGGCGACACCAUCCGCAGCGGGUGGCGAAACAUCCUUGACUGCGUCAUCCGGCUGCACAAGCUGGGCUUGCUGCCGACCCGGCGAGAGCAGUCACAGAACGGCCAGGGGAGGCCCAGCGACAAUCAAGAAGGGUCUUCUAUUCUUGCCAACGCUGCUGCAGCGGCAGCCGCUGGCACCCAGGCUGGGAUGGGACGACGGAAGAGCGCGGGCAUCUUUGGCACCGUGAGCCGGCAGUUCCAGAACCUGCUGUCGCUGGACGCGGGCGCGGACGGCGAGCGGUCCACCAUCGCAGAGCACCAACUGGCGGCGCACCAGCGUACGCUGGCCAUGGUGGAGGCGUGCCGCAUUGACGACCUGUUCACCGACAGCAAGUUCCUGCAUAAGGCCUCCCUGCUGCAGCUGGUCAAGGCGCUGAUCAACGUGUCGGGGAAGCCGCACCAAAAAAAUAUCUCUACGGAAGAGGAGGACACCGCGCUGUUCUGCCUGGACCUGCUGAUCGCGGUCACGCUGCGGAACCGGGACAGGAUACUGCUGCUGUGGCCCGCCGUGCACGAGCACCUGGCUAGCAUUGUGGGCUCGGCGCAGUCGCCGAGCCCGCUCGUGGAGAAGGCCGUGCUGGACCUGUUGCGCGUGUGCCAGCGGCUGCUGCCGUACAAGGAGGACCUGGGCGAUGAGCUGCUCAAGAGCCUGCAGCUGGUGCUGCGAUUGGAUGCGAGAGUGGCGGAUGCGUACGCGGAGCGCAUCACGCGUGAGAUGCUGCAGCUCGUCAAGAGCAGCGUCACCUACAUCAGGUCGCCCGUAUUGUGGAAGACGGUGUGCUCGCUGCUGGCAGCGACUGCGCGGCACCCCGAGGCGGCGGAACCCGGCUUUGAGGCGCUAACGUUCAUCAUGCAAGACGCGAAGCACGUGACGCCCGUCAACUUCAUGCCCUGCAUGGAUGCCGCGCUGGCCUUCGCGGAAGGCAGGGUUGGGGGGGUGGAGCGCUCCGUGAAAUCCCUCGACCUGCUGGCGAGCCUCUCAACCAACCUGGGCCACUGGGCGAAGACCCUCAACGCCGGCCAAGCAGACACUGCCACGUCAGCCUCAAUCAGCGGCGCCCCCGCCUCAGACGCUGCGAGGGAGGCCCUGGAUCAGGCUGUGUCGGAAGCCGCUUCCACGUCAGCAACUGAUGUGCCGCAGUCCCCAAGGCUGACAUCAGAGAAAGAGGCGCUGAUUGACCUGUGGCUGAGGCUGUCGGUGGGGCUGGGGAGGAUCUGUCUCGACCAACGAGAGGACGUUCGGAACAAUGCGCUGGAGUGCUUGCAGCGGAGUCUGUUGCAAGGAGAGGCACUCGAUGUUCGAUCGGGCAAAGUGUGGGUCCGCGUUUUCGACCAGAUCGUGUUCCCCACCCUGGACGAGUUGCUGGACCUGGCCCACAAGGCCUCCGCCAAGUCGUACCGCGGCAUGGAGGGCACCCUGCGGCGGGCCAUGGUCCUCCUCUCCCGGGUCUACCUGCAGUUCCUCACGCAGCUGGCGUCCAACCCCGGUUUUGCAAACCUAUGGGUGGCGGUGCUAAACCGUGCGGAGGGUUAUCUGAAGAGCAGUGCACCACGGUCGGCGGGUAUCUCUAUGGCGGAGAACAUCCCGGAGUUGCUCAAGAACAUGCUGCUGGUCAUGAAUGCCCGCUCUAUUCUCGUUCCGGAGGUCGCGCCCCCAGCCGAAGGGGAAGCCCCUACUCUAUGGAGCCUCACGUGGCAGCACCCUAUCUUCCGCUCCCUCGACCCGCACUUCCGGGAGGACCUUUUCCCGCCCCCAAAAGCUGCGCCUAGUCAACCUGCCCCGGCAGUCGAACAAGCUGGCGCUGAAGAAAAGCAACCGGAGGGAGUCUCGACAGGGCCAGUUGCGGAGGCAGCGGAAGCCGUGGGAGAAAAAGCGGCCGAUGCGUCCGUUGCAGAAGAGUCGAAGGUGCUUGUGGAAGGCAGCCCUGUUGAGGGUAGCAAGGAUGUAGCGGAGGAGGGAACCAAGCCGGAAGACGUGGAUGUUGCCGAGGGGUAUGAGAAGGUGGAGAAAGAAAUGGUCGAACCCAUUAAGACGAAUGUCACAUAGGCUGUUCAUUUGUAUACAUAAGCACGUAUUUGCACGGAAUCUUGUCAAACCGACAUUGAUCCUGCCAAAUAUGCACAUUGAGGUCCGCCCUGCUGCGGCCACUGAAAUGUUGAGGGUUGGACAUAAGAUCUUCGGUUACUUUGUGAGUGGGCGGCUAUUGAAAGGCGGGGUGCUAAAUGCACGAUAUAUCUGUUUGUCGAACCUUCAUGAACAUUGCCGCGCAUGCGGGGUGUAGCAGCCGCUCUAGUGCUCGCCAGAUC